AUGACGUGUCAUACAUUCCUCAGACGCUGUGUCCCUUCAGUGAAGAGCAGUCUGCAGCUGAAGCCGACGGCAGCGCUGCUCACCGAAAAGACCGACACAGAUGACAACGCAGACGACAGUUUGUUGUUGGAGUUUUCAUCUCGAAGCGAGCCGGCGCAUUUCGUCACCCUCAGCGACUCCGAAGAUGAACACGUGCAGAAGAAGGCGGAGCAGCGGCCAGACGCCGAGCGCUGUCCGUCCCCUCCUCCUCCAGAGAGUCCCGUACAGAAACAGUCCAGGGCGAUGAAACAGAAGCUCAGUGAGAUCGACCGGAAGCUCCGGGCGGUGAGCUCCCUCCUCUCUCCAGAGCCUCGGGGCGGCCGGUCGAGACGGCGCCGAGGUCCUCCCGUGUCACAUCCUGAGUAUGUGCGAGUGGACGACGACGAUGACGUCAUCAUCAUGAGCCCGGAGCCGGAGUCAGCGAGCUCCUCAGUGCGAGAGAUCCCGCUUAAGAUCCGCUGCAGGACUGAGAUCCACAAGAUCCCGGUGCUGUCGUCAACGCCUUUAAGCGAUGUGGUGACGCAGCUGUCUGUCAUCCUAAACGUCCCGCCUCCUCGCCUCCUGCUGCUGAGGGAGGAAGAGGAGCUGCCGACGAGCGCCACCAUCAGCGAGCUCGGCCUCGGCAUCGCCGACAUUAUAGAGUGUGUGGUCAUGGCGGCGGAGGAUGGAAGCCAGUCAGACGGUGAUGGCAGCGUCAUCACUGUGAGGCUGCAGAGCAAAGACAGAGACUCUUCUCAGGAGUUCUCUCUGCACAGAGAGGCGCCGCUGAGGUCCAUCUUCUUCCAGUACGUGUCCAAGAUGUCCAACAAGGAUCAGAAGAAAGUGCGCUUCCAUUUCGACGGCUCCAAAGUGACGGGCAGCCAGACGCCGGCGCAGCUCGACAUGGAGGACGGUGACAUCAUCGAAGUCUGGGUCUGAGGCGUCCACUUCAGCUCUGCGGUUUAUUUAAGCGUCACUGCGAUCAUUUCAGAGGUCACUUUAUUCUCAGGUGCUGACGAGGGGACACGGACAACAUGACAGCAAAAUCCAAGCGCACGAAUCAGGUCUUUAACCUUUCUGUGUCCACACUGAAGCCACUUCCUGUUUUUGAUUUUGAGUAUUAUUUUAUGAAAGUCAAAUAAAAGCAAAACAAGCUGACCUCACAUUAUUUCCAUGACUGAGGUCAUGAUGAAAAACCUCCACCUGUACUGGGAAGAACAUGUACUGUAAAUAAAAGAUGGACACAGAUGGUCCUGAAAGAUGA